AUGGUUUCGGUAGUUGCUAAUAUCAAAAGUAAGAAACUGGAGGAUAUUCCGAUAGUAUCCGAAUACCCAGAUGUUUUUCCAGAAGACCUACUAGGAUUACCAACCGAUAGGGAGGUGAAGAUUCCGGAACAAUAUUUUCAAGGGAAAGAGGAUAAAACUAAAACAAAUAAACGUCUAAAAAAAGAGCUUGCUGAGUUUGACAAUGCGAAUCUAAAAGAGGCCGAUGAAACCAGAUUAUUAAUAUGGAAAAACGAGCUUGUGUGUGGUGUUAUAGACAAAGCUCAGUUUGGCAAGUAUGGUUUGGUUCAUACGGUUCAAGAGCUGUAUGGUCCAGACAUUGCAGGGCUCUUACUUGGAGCUUUUAGUCGGUUAUUCACUUCUUUUCUACAGUUCCAUGGAUUUACAUGUGGAUUAGACGACCUCAUGGUGGCGCCUGAUUGUGACAAAGAAAUGAGGAUGGAACUUGAAGGUGAAGAUGUAGGUGAAAAGGUUCACCGCAAAGUUGUCAACCUGGAGAACCAAAAAAUAGGUACAAAUUUGAGUACCAAAAUAUAGAAAAAUUUAGUAGAG